UAUUUUAACAAUAAAACUUGUCCUGAUUCAUCGAUUACGUUUCAAGCAGAAACAGUAAAUAAACUCAUCGCACGAGUCAGCGACACUCCUCGGAGGAGAUACGAGGGACCCCCAAAGCUUUACAGGACCACUCUCAACAACAACGGGGAGGGAUUCUUCAAUAGGCUCUUUCAUCCUAUCUGCAGUCAAUCUACCUGCCUGAACCAGUAAAUUUGGGACUUUUAUCCUUUUCAACCAUUCCGAUCAGGGAGAAUGGGGAUCGGAUAUGCGGCGAAACAAGGUCUCCCAGCAUGAUAUCAACUGUGGAUACGCUGAUAAAAAGUCUGUACCUUACAGUGAACUCAGAUCACGGAGACUUUCUCAAUGUGCUGAGAGAGGAAGGACCCUCGAGGGGACUCUCAACCAGUGCACGGGUCAGAAAAGGGUGCCAACCAAGGUUGAAACCGUCUGUCAGCGGUGGCCAGAGCUCCCGGUCUUCUCUGUCUCCCCGACGAGGUGGGCGGAAAACCAUGGGUCCGAUCAGCGCGAUCACAUAAUCUGGUACCCUAGAGCUCAGUGUGCAAACGUCACCUUCCCGCCAAGAGUGACACCUCUGGGUUCCAGUGCAGAUGCUCUUUCUUUGUCUUGGAAAGAGGAGACCAACACCCCAUUCUGGUUGGCGGACUCCUCUUCCCUGAGUGGAGUCUCCCGCAUGCAUCUGAUAGACCUGGUCGAUAGCAGAGAGCGGAUACAUGCUAAAGAAUCCCUCCUUUGCUCUUGGAUCCGCUCGACGGGUAGAAAAGCAGGAUACUGUGUACAGCCGAUGGGUAGAUCAGAUGGAGGGGGAGUAGUAUGUAUGAAUGUAUGUACGGUACGGGGGCAUACAAACCGUCGUAUCCGAUUGAUCCGUACUUCAACAACCUGACUCAUGUCUGCCAGGACCAAGACGAGUGGAAUUGGGGUUGAGAAAAAUUAAGAAAAUCGGGAAGGGAAAAGAUUCAAAAUAAACAUAGGAAUCAAAAGAGAGAAAAA